CGAAGGUGCCCGCGGCGCUCGGCCUGCGCGUCGGCGACGGUGCGGGGGCAUCGAUGGUGACUCCGGGGGCGGAUUGGCAGGGUGGCUGAGCUCCGCGGGAGCGGACCGACGGAGAGACGAUGCCUGUGGUGUGGCCGACCCUUCUGGAUCUCAGCAGGGAUGAAUGCAAAAGGAUCCUUCGCAAACUGGAACUGGAGGCGUACGCUGGCGUUAUCAGCGCUUUGCGAGCACAGGGGGAUCUCACGAAGGAGAAGAAAGACCUCCUUGGAGAACUCUCCAAAGUGCUUAGCAUUUCCACUGAAAGACACCGGGCCGAAGUCCGGAGGGCAGUCAACGAUGAACGGCUGACGACUAUUGCGCACAACAUGUCUGGGCCCAACAGCUCUUCCGAAUGGUCCAUCGAAGGCCGCCGCCUGGUCCCUCUCAUGCCGCGGCUGGUUCCCCAAACGGCUUUUACCGUCACGGCCAACGCUGUGGCCAACGCGGCUCUCCAGCAUAACGCAUCGCUCCCAUCCCCUGCUGAAACGGGAAGCAAAGAAGGUGAGGUGGUGGUUUGCUAUUCCUUCACGAGCACCACCUCCACCCCAACGUCCACCCCGGUACCUAGUGGCAGUGUCGCGACUGUGAAGUCCCCCAGACCCGCUAGUCCAGCUUCCAAUGUUGUCGUCCUGCCGAGCGGAAGUGCCGUUUACGUCAAAAGUGUGAGCUGCUCGGACGACGACGAGAAGCCCCGCAAACGGCGCCGCACCAACUCCUCCAGCUCCUCCCCCGUCCUGCUGAAGGAGGUGCCGAAGGCCGCCGCGCCGGUCACCAAGACCAUCACGGUGCCAGUCAGCGGCAGCCCCAAGAUGAGCAGCAUCAUGCAGAGCAUCGCCAACUCCCUGCCGCCCCACAUGUCCCCCGUGAAGAUCACCUUCACCAAGCCCUCCACGCAGACCACCAACACCGCCACCCAGAAGGUGAUCAUAGUAACCACGUCGCCCAGCUCCACCUUUGUCCCCAACAUCCUCUCAAAGUCCCACAACUACGCAGCCGUCACCAAGCUCGUCCCGACGUCCGUCAUCGCCUCGACCACCCAGAAGCAACCAGUGGUUAUAACGGCUUCCCAGUCCUCUCUGGUUAGCACCAGCGCCGCUACCGGGGGCUGCCCCACUCCCACCGCCGCCGCCAGCACAGUUGCUGUGACCACUGUCGUGUCCUCGACGCCGUCUGUGGUUAUGUCAACAGUAGCCCAGGGUGUCUGCACAUCAGCCAUUAAAGUCGCGUCGGCCAGGCUGCCUUCGCCCAAGAGCCUGGUGGGGACGCCGGCCCAGAUCCUGGCCCAGUUCCCCAAGCAGCAGCAGCCGCAGCAGCCGUCCCCCAAACCGCAGCUGCAGCAAGCCCAGCAGCAGACGCAACAGCAACUCGCCCAGGCUUUGCCCGUCUCCCAGCCGCCGGCGGCACCCUCGCAGCCAUCUCCCCUGCCGCCCGGCAUCAAGCCCACCAUCCAGAUCAAACAGGAAUCGGGUGUCAAAAUCAUCACUCAGCAAGUUCAGCCCAGCAAGAUCCUGCCCAAGCCGGUCACGGCCACCUUGCCCAGCAGUAGCAAUUCCCCCAUCAUGGUGGUGAGCAGUAAUGGGACCAUCAUGACCACCAAGCUGGUCACGGCCCCUGCUGGGACUCAAGCGACGUACACUCGUCCAACGGUAAGCCCGUCCAUAGGGACGCGCAUGACCGGCACUCCAGGCGCCGCCACCUACGUGAAAACCACCAGCGGCAGCAUCAUCACAGUCGUCCCCAAAUCGCUUGCCACCCUUGGGGGCAAGAUCAUCAGCAGCAACAUUGUGUCCGGUAACUCCUUGAUGAAGACCUACUUCCAACAAAAAGGAACGACAACCAAAAUCACGACGAUCCCCGUGACGUCCAAGCCCAACGUGAUAGUCGUGCAAAAGACGACGGGGAAAGGCACCACCAUUCAAGGUCUUCCAGGCAAAAACGUGGUCACGACGUUGCUGAACGCGGGGGUACUCUACAAACCUUAUCCUCAGGGGGAGAAAACGAUCCAAGCCGUGCCAGCGGGAGCAAAACCAGCCAUUAUCACAGCCACCAGGCCCAUUACCAAAAUGAUCGUCACGCAGCCAAAAGGAAUCGGUUCUGCCGUCCAGCCAGCCACCAAAAUCAUCCCCACCAAAAUUGUGUAUGGGCAGCAAGGAAAAACGCAGGUCCUCAUCAAGCCAAAGCCGGUGACCUUCCAGGCAACCGUUGUGAGCGAGCAGACGAGGCAGCUGGUGACGGAGACGUUGCAGCAGGCCUCCCGCGUGGUGGAGACCGGGAACGCGUUGCUGCCGGAGGUGAAAGAAGAGCCCUACACGGACAGCAGCUCCUCCUCGACGGAAUCCUCCCAGGGAUCCCAAGAUUCCCAGCCCGUGGUCCAUGUCAUCGCAUCCCGAAGCCAGGAUUGGUCUGAGCACGAGAUUGCCGUGGACUCCAGCCCAACCAUAAUCUACCAGGAUGUCUCCAGUGAAUCCCAGUCAGCGACUUCCACCAUCAAAGCCUUAUUGGAGCUCCAGCAGACGACAGUGAAGGAGAAAUUGGAAUCCAAGCCGAGGCAACCGACAAUAGACCUGAGCCAAAUGGCCGUCCCAAUCCAGAUGGCCCAGGAGAAGCGGCAUUCCCCAGAAAGCCCUUCGAUUGCCGUGGUGGAGUCGGAGCUAGUUGCAGAAUAUAUCACCACUGACUCAGGAAGACAGCACUGUAUUCCUUCACAUUCGGAAGAAUAUCUCCAAAACCGCAUAGUGAGCCAUCGGUCCCAGCCCCACCAGCCGUCCGCCCAGCCCCAGCGCACUCUGCUGCAGCACGUGGCCCAGUCGCAGACGGCGACGCAGACGUCCGUCGUGGUGAAGUCCAUCCCGGCGUCCUCCACAGGCGCCAUCACGCACAUCAUGCAGCAGGCGCUGAGUAGCCACACGGCCUUCACCAAACACAGCGAGCAGCUCGGCACGGAGGAGGGCGAGGUGGAAGAGAUGGACACUCUGGACCCCCAGACGGGGCUCUUCUACCGCUCCGCCUUGACGCAGGUGCAGAAGCAGCAGAAGCUGAGCCAGCCUCACCCGGAGCAGGCCCAGCUGCAGGUCAAGACCCUGCAGUGCUUCCAGGCCAAGCAGAAGCAAACCAUCCACCUCCAGGCGGACCAGCUGCCCCACAAGCUGCCCCAGAUGCCCCAGCUGUCGAUCCGGCACCAGAACCUGGCCCCGCUGCAGCCGCCGCCAACGCCGGACCCGGCGCAGCCCAAACUGGACGCCCAGCAGGCCGCCCACCACGCCGCCGCCGCCGCCCUGGCCCGCGAGAGGCAGCUGCCCACCUUGGUGGCCCAGCCCCAGCAGACGGUGGUCCAAGUGCUGGCGGUCAAGACCACGCAGCAGCUGCCCAAGCUGCAGCAGGCGCCCACGGCCCAGAAGAUCUACGUCCAGUCCCAGGGUCAAAUGCAGCUCCCCGCCGCUUCCGAGAAGCCCCCGGUAAGCCAGGUGCACCAGCCCAUAAUAACCCAAGGAUCCUCUGUUACAAAGAUAACUUUUGAAGGGCAUCAGCCGCCCACCGUGUCCAAGGUGGCCAGUGUCAGUGCGGUGCCCAAACUGACGCCCCCGCUCCCGAACCUAUUUCCCGCCCAGGGGUGUGCGAAGACAGCGGUAGCGGACAUUUUGAAAAUGUCCAUGAUGGAAGCUCAGAUUGACUCGGGCGUAGACCGUAUGCUAGUGGACCUGCCAACCAGCAAGGCUUCUCCCCCCGCUCACCUGCCGAGCGAAGCGGAAUCGGCGCCGGCCUCCGUGCUGAGGGUCGCCACGGUUGGGCCGGCCGUGGCGGCAUCCGUCCUCCAGCAGCCGAAACGCUUGGACGCCACUUCUAGCCCCGCGGGCAUCGGGGCGCCGUUACAGGAGCGGAAGCAGGCCGUGGUGGUUCCGCCUGCAGCCAGCCAGUUCAUUCGCAUCCAGAACAUUGCCCCAAAGAAAUCGGAGGAGAUUCCCGCGGAGAUCUUGAUCCAGACGAUCCCGCAGUACUCCGUCGCGUGCCACUCCACCUCCAACGUGGUGGUGGAGCCCAGCGGCCUCCUGGAGCUCAACAACUUCACCAGCCAGCGCCUCGACGACGAGGAGACGGUGAUGGAGCAGGACAUGGACAGCAGCAACGAGGAAGGGAUGGAGCCCAGCCCGACGCAGAGCUCCGAACAAUCUUAGCGCCUCCGGGGUGCCGCGGCGCCCUUUCCAAGCGUCCACAACAAACAUCUGGGCCGUUGGGAUCCAAGACGGCCCUUGUAUUAUCCCUUAGCAGCACUUUGCCUGUCGGAGGUGUUUGGACCUGCCGAGUGUCGGUGCGUCAACGGGGGGGACAGUAUUGGCGCGGCAGGAUCGCGAAACGGUUUCCGAGGGAGGCGGCAACGCCGCUGCGCUGGAGUAAGCUUACGACGGCAGAAUGUAUUUUCUUUAAGCGCAGAAGACUAAGAAAAUGCGGCGACUGGGUUUUUUUAUUAUUAUUAUUAUUAUUAUUUACAGAAAGGUGUAUUGAAGUUUUGUUUGCUACGAGAUUCUGGACUGGCUGCUGCACCUUUCUCGGUGUGUGAAAACGCAAGACACACAAGACCCCGAAUCGCCAAGACACGUCUCUGCGUGUUUGCGGUGAAGCGAAUCUCCCUCGCAAGGAGACGCUUUUGAUUUUUUUUAAAAAAGAGCGUCUUAAGUCUCUUUGAGGGGGAGGAAAAACCCACCCUGUCUUUUCAGUACUGGGAAAGCACCUCAGAAAUUCUGUGUUUAGAGGGGUGUUAUAGGGCUUUCCUGCACUGAUAACACCGUUUUUGGUUUUAAGCAAGUUUAAAAAAAAAUAUUGGCCUUUGAAAACAAACCAACCACACACAAUACCAAAUUGGGAUUAUCCACAAGACUCAGAAUCAUGGGGAGGGAAACACUGUGAGGAAAUGCUCUUAUCCAGACCUCAAGAAAGAUUUCUCUUGCUUUCCGCCAUACACACAAGAAAAUGACUACGUAAGUCCCAACGUUGACUGAGAUUUUUUUUUUAUUUAUUUAAAUAUGAAGACCUAAAGGGAGAGAGGCCCAGCUCACACUUCUGGACCUGUUAAACAGGCCCAGUAACCUUCGGCUCCACUUACCUAAACAAAACGGUUUAAACUUUAAGCUGCAGGAUGGGAGGAAUUGGAUCUCGGCUGAAAACAAGUGGUUCAGAUUGAGGGCAUUGAAAACCCGAGUUUACGAACUCAGGUGUCAGGUUGUGACAUUCGGCGGUUUGAAGCAACUUUGAUUAUGACCGAGGGACUUUAAAAACUUUAAAUCUCUGUCAGUUUUGCUUUGUAUUUUGAGGUGACCCUUCUCAAACUCUUUGGGUUUGCACAAAUGAAUAAGCAAACAGAGCCAGAUUUUUUUUAAAAAGAAACGAUCUCUUGUACAUCUUGGUAAUAAAGACAUUGCUUUUUUAUAUAUAUAUAUAAAAAAGAAAGAAAACUGUAAAUAGGAACAAGUUUUUAACUUUUUUGUAUAGAUUUCAUUAUAAAUAAGCAUUUUAAGAGUUUUGAUGUAUCCUGUAUAUACACAUAUCAGUUGAACUGCCUGUUUUGUUCCGUGUUUUUUUUUUUUUUUGGUGCUGAAAUACUACUUUAAGUAGAAAUUCUCCGAAAGCUCUAAUACAAUUUGUGUCGAAAUUUUCUAAAUUGUGCUUUUAGUGUUUUGUAAUUAAAUGACCACUACAGAGAAAGCGCCCCGGGGCUGAAGUAUGAAACCGAAAAUACUCGGUUGUCCUUUUUAAGUAUCGUGUGUAACACUUGGCUAGCCUACAGAUGGCGC